UAAGGUAACGCCCUCGGAAUUCUGUGCCCAGCAGGAUCCUGGAUGCUGCAGGACUACUGCUGGUGAAGGUAGCUACCAUCCAGGUGUGUGCUCGGGCAGGUCAAGCAGGCAAAGGAUCGACACGGAAUUCGACAGGGCUACGCAAAGGUGGUCCCUUCGGACGGAAGGUAAACGAUUCCUUUGGGUAUUUAACAUAGCUGCACCGGUGUGUUGAACAUCAUUCGCUUUCGGAACGUUCAGCACAGCAGUAGAGUCACGUCGGCCGACUGAUCUUUGUGCUUGAUCUUCACCACGUGAACUCACCAAGUUUUGUGUAGUGGCUCAAGUUCAGUUUCAAACCAAAUUCCGCGUCUCUGUGCUGUGUGAAUUCAAUUCAAACCAAGCAACCAAUCAACUACUAUGUGUAGCUACGCCGUGCAAAACCAACGUGACAACAUGUGCUGGUGCUUUGAAGAGAUCAGUCUCAUGUUGCUAGUGCAACGCAUCCUGAUGUAUCUGUGGUAUCGGCUACUUUUGAAAAUGUUCCCGCGCCUAAGUGUCCUUCCAAACUGCCACGAGUGUUCACCAAGGCGCAGUCUGCCCUGCGGACAACUUGCCGACGAAUACUGGAAAGCGUCCUACUUCUCGCGCCAUCCUUUGUACGACAGCAACCUACAGCAAGCGUUCCCAUCCGCCGGUUUCUGCAACCACAUGCCACCAACGGAACCGAUCUGCGGUGCAAUCGAUGCAAUGUUCGAGCAUCAGCAGCAGGACGAGGACGACGAACCGGAAGAGUUCAACUUUAACUGCAGCGAUAUUAGCCACAUCUACCAGAGCACCUUUCUGGACGACGAGUACGACGAGUGCCUGCUGGCGAAGGAUAUUGCGUGGGACGCUCCGGUGCCGGAGGUGAAAGCGAAAGCCGCCCUGCCACUGGAGCAGGAAAUCUCGCUGCUGCUGAACGAUUACUACAUCGACGACGAUCUGGACGACCAUCUGCAGAUGGCCGAGUAUCAGACGGCGAUCGGGAGCAGCAUGUUGUGCUGUGAUUCGUUUCUCGAAUAGUGUCCAUAGAGGUGGCGAGUGAUAGUUCCUAAAUCGUGAUAGUUCCUUAGGUUUAUGGAUUCCGGUUGUACAUACGACGCCUCCCCCAAGUAGAGUAGGAUAGAUUU